AGAUUACGAGCAUUUUGCUUUCAACGACAACGGUGACUUGGAAAUCAAGCGCAUGGACGAAGGCCUUCAAGGGAGAUAUAUACAGAGUUAUCAAAACAUAACAUUAGCUUGCCAUGUGGUAAAAUUAGACACGCGAGUUGACUUCUUCAAAGUCGUGAAUACGAGGAGUCGCCCAUCCCGAACGGAGUGAAGAGACAGUGGAACAUCGUGUUUAACGUGUCCACAGGAAAUGCAAAAGAUUGCGAAAAGACGGUGUACCUUUGUCGCCAAAAAACAGAUGCAAAUAUUCCCCAGUGCGUGUAUGAUGAAAUCAUCCUAACGGAUCUCGUCAAAUCUUGCCAGUUUUCUCUGGAAUACAACGACACGAUGAACGAGACCAUCCCCAGCACCUCUCAAAUGUACCUGGAAUUUUUCAUAUCAGACCCCUCAAGCAAGGACAAACCCCAAUUGUUCUUGCUACCUACAAAAGUAAUAUCAACAGUUCCACCAGCAACGAGCACUCGAAGCCACAGAUCGAAUACCCCGACAACAAGAAGCGAGUCUAAUUCAAAAAUACCAGCGUCCAUUUCAACCUCGAAAAGCCCUGCGAUUACAGAAAAGCAAGUCGAGUUCUUUAAAGUCGUGAAAUACGAGGAGUCGCCCAUCCCGAACGGAGUGAAGAGACAGUGGAACAUCGUGUUUAACGUGUCCACAGGAAAUGCAAAAGAUUGCGAAAAGACGGUGUACCUUUGUCGCCAAAAAACAGAUGCAAAUAUUCCCCAGUGCGUGUAUGAUGAAAUCAUCCUGACGGAUCUCGUCAAUUCUUGCCAGUUUUUUCUGGAAUACAACGACACGAUGAACGAGACCAUCUCCAGCACCUCUCAAAUGUACCUGGAAUUUUUCAUAUCAGACCCCUCAAGCAAGCACAAACCCCAAUUAUUCUUGCUACCAACAAAAGUAAUAUCAACAGUUCCACCAGCAACAACCACUCGAAGCCACAGAUCGAAUACCCCGACAACAACAAGCGAGUCUAAUUCAAAAAUACCAGCGUCCAUUUCAACCUCGAAAAGUCCUGCGAUUACAGAAAAGCAAGUGACAUCGACAGUUCCACCAGCAACGAGCACUCGAAGCCAUAGAUCGCAAACCCCGACAACAACAAGCGAGUUUAAUUCGAAAAUACGAGCGACUAUUACAAUCUCGAAUAGUCCGACAAUUAUGGGGAAGCAAGGACAUCCGUAUCCAACGACCACGCAAAGCCCCGAGUCGUUAAUCUCGGCACGAUCCACCAUGUCAAAUGCAGUAAACCAGAGUACCACAACCAGCUCGAAUACUACUUCUUUGAGUGUUUCAGUUGUGACCAUUGUCUUGAUUGUUGUUGGGAUUGUCCUCGUGAUUCUUUGCUGA